CGUCACCGUCACAACCUCACCGUCACAGCAUCACCGUCACAACAUCACCGUCACAGCAUCACCGUCACAGCAUCACCAUCACAACAUCACCGUCACAGCAUCACCGUCACAGCGUCACCGUCACAGCAUCACCGUCACAGCGUCACCGGUACAACAUCACCGUCACAGCAUCACCGGUACAUCAGUCUUCAUUCAUUGCUUUCGGUAAAGUAUCCCCGCCCCUAGUGUUUCAGCCCCCAGUGUUCCAGCCCCCAGUGUUCCAGCCCCCAGUGUUCCAGCCCCCAGUGUUUCAGCCCCCAGUGUUCCAGUCCCCAGUGUUUCAGCCCCCCAGUGUUUCAGUCCCCAGUGUUUCCAAUCUCCAGUGUUUUCAGCCCCAGUGUUUCAGCCCCAGUGUUUGCAGCCCCCCAGUGUUUCAGUCCCCAGUAUUCCAGCCUCCCAUGUUUCAGCCCCCAGUGUUCCAGCCCCCAGUGUUUCAGCCCCCCAGUGUUUCAGUCCCCAGUGUUUCAGCCCCCAGUGUUUCAGUCCCCAGUGUCCCAGACCACCACCAGACAGGGGGAUUAUUGCCUAAGCCUUUUCAUGAUUCCUCAACUGAGUGA